GUUUUUUCUUUUCUGGUAAAUUUCUGAGGAUUACAGUCAAUCAGUAAUGCCAGAUAUUAACGUUUGGCAAUUCGUAUUGUACAGAAAAUGCAUACUGAUGCAAAGCAUGUUGUUCUGAUAACUUUUUUUACUUGAAUUAUAUUGCCCCUCUCCCAUUAUGAUUUGGUGGUUACUCACUAUGACCGAGGCUUCACUGUAACCUUUUUGGCUUCACCCUUGUAUCCUGGACAAAGAUGUUCAGAGCUAUGUUUGAGUGUUAGUACUUAUUAAAAAAAUAUAUAGGUAUAUUAUCAAAUGUCAUUAACAAUUAUACUUCUGUAGAUUUUCGGACUGCGUGUACCAUUACGGUGUGAAGCACGUCCCUAAAUGCCGUCACUUAAAGGAAAGUAACAGAUAAAUUUAUACCAUUCCCUAAGCAAAACAGCACAUUAGGACUACUUUAUCCAGAAGCCUUCACUUCUCUCUACGAGAUGUGUGUACGUCCGUGAGGCUGGUACGGAUGGGGUAUGGCGGCUCGCUGGGUUUAUGUCUUGUAGCAGUAACUGGACAAAACGUAGACUGAUGGUACAAGGGUCGUAUGUUAUUAAGACGGUUGUUUGGGGAGUUUAAUUUAUUUAAGUGAGUAUCUGCAAUUAUUUACUCGGCUCUACAAAAUAUAUGGCCACAAAAAUUCCAUUCAAAUUAUUGAAGAUGAGGCAACAGUGACAGUAAGAUGGAUACUGCAGUAGAUUGUGCAGUGAGCUGUGGUUCUGACAGCAGCUGCAUGGAUCACAACCCUGAAAAGGAAAUUGUAAAACCAGAAGCUGAUGAAAUACAGUUGUUGUCAUCCAGGAAUAAGACGUCCGACAAACCCAGCGGUGUAAAGGAGCCAGAAACUUCAGAAGGAAAGAAUGGUAUAUUUAGCACACUGCACUUUAGUUCACUGGAUCAAAAAGUGGCCUUGGAUGCAGAGAGAGAUGCAGAACCAAAAGAAAGCACCAUGGUAUUUGAAGAGUUUGUAAGGUGUCCAGUCUAUGACAAGUGUCUGGAUACUGUAGAAAAUAACUUUAAAGAGCCUUCUGUGCUGUCAUUGCAUAAGGAUAAUUUUAAAGAUGACAACAUGUACAGGUCUGACACUGACACACUAUCUACACUGCUUUCCAGUACGGAUAUUCCCAGUGUCACAGCUACAGAUUUUGAAAAGCAUGAUAGUUUUGCAGACCAUAAGGGUCAGGGAGAGCCAUAUUUGACUGUUAGUCCUUUCCCAGAGCUGAAUAUCUGUGAAACGGAGAUGACAGUGGCCCACAGUAGUGUUUGUGCAAACUCUAACAGCGGGCAAGAAAUUCAGGGGUCAUAUCAGCAAGGGGUACAGCUUGAUGCCCUGCAAGAUGAGGACCAUGGUCAUAUUAUGUCACUUUUAGCUCAACUUAAAAUAUCUGAGAUGGACUCUGGUGGUGAAAGAUUGGCUGAUGUAGAGUAUUUCUCUUCCCUUUUAGACCUGGGCCAGUGCUGUGCUUCUGAUGUUAGACAGGAGACUGCAUUGAGUGAGGAGUUGCAUAGGAACACAUGUGAAGGUAGUCCUGAUGAAAAAGCUAAUGUUUGUCUUUGUUCAUUAUCCGAGCAUGAAGUCAGUAACCCAGUGGACAUCAGCACUUCAUUGUCCCAGUUCUGUGAAAGCCAAGGCAUGCUGGACAGCCAUGGCCUUCUUUUUGAAUCGGAUAACCAGAAUGAGUUUGUGAACUUGUUGGAUUCCAGAACAAUGGCUUCUAUGUCUGCAGCUGACCUGGGCAGCUGCCAACCUUGCACAAAAGAACUGAGAGUCAGUGCAGAAACAAAUUAUGGGGAGUCAGAAUCAGAAUUUGGCAACAGAGGUUCACAUACAGAUUACAGAAGAACAGAAGCAACUUGCAUGCAGCCUGUGAGAAAAGAUGACACAUGUAUGUCUCCCUGUAGCCCAGAAGGGCCCCCAGAACCAGUGUGGAUGAAGACACCUCUUAAUUCAAAGACAAGUACUGAAGAGCUUCAGAAAGAAACGAAUACCAGCAAGAGCUUGACUUCAUAUCCAGCUAUAAAAGAAGUUCCUGGUCCAUGUGAAAAAGAAGACCUCCUGGAUGGAGUAAUCUUUGGGGCAAAAUACUUAGGGUCUACACAGCUCUUUUCUGAAAAAAAUCCAUCAACUAACGUACGCAUGGCACAAGCGCAAGAAGCUGUUGACCGGAUCAAGGCUCCAGAAGGGGAAUCGCAACCCAUGACAGAAGUUGAUCUCUUCAUAUCAUCGCAGAGGAUUAAAGUGCUAAAUGCUGACACGCAGGAAGCUAUGAUGGACCACCUUUUACAGACCAUCUCCUACAUUGCUGAUAUUGAAAAUAUUGUAGUCAUCAUGGCUCGAAGAAAGCAGCCCCGUAAAACGGAAGGUGAUACUAGCAGCUCUGUAAACAGGCGACAGUACAAAAUGAUCUGUCAUGUGUUCCAGUCCGAAGAUGCACAUAUGAUUGCCCAGGCCAUAGGACAGGCCUUCAGCGUGGCCUACCAGCUGUUCUUACAGAGCAAUGGAAUUAAUCCCAGUGAGCUAAGGCCAAAUGAGUAUAGUGACGUGUUGAGCAAUGAAGAACUUUAUAAUGGAGACCUCAUUCACUUUUCCAAGCAGGAGAACUGCAGAGAUAUCUUCAUAAACAAAGAGAAAGGAGAGUUGCUAGGAAUAGCAAUUGUAGAGUCUGGUUGGGGCUCCAUUCUUCCCACAGUGGUUAUAGCAAACCUCAUGCAUGGGGGUCCUGCCGAAAGAUCAGGAGAGUUGAAUAUUGGAGAUAGGAUCAUGUCCAUCAAUGGAAUAAGCCUGGUGGGUUUGUCUCUUGCUACCUGUGAAAACAUCAUUCGGGACGUAAAGUAUCAGGCUGAAGUAAAGCUGAAUAUUGUCCACUGCCCACCAGUUACCAUGGCAAUAAUCAAACGGCCAGACACAAAACACCAACUUGGAUUCUGUGUGGAGGAGGGAAUUAUUUGCAGUUUAAUGAGAGGAGGGAUAGCUGAGAGAGGUGGAAUUCGGGUGGGGCAUCGCAUCAUUGAGAUCAACGGACAAAGUGUGGUGGCGACUUCCCAUGAGAAAAUAAUCAAGAUACUAAGCAAUGCUACAGGCGAGAUCCACUUGAAGACAAUGCCUGCUUUAACAUACAGACUACUCACUGGCCAGGAACAGCCAGUUUACCUGUGAUGCUGAAGACCUAUCCAGCUGCAGUCCAGGACUGCAGAUAAUCCAGCAUGACAUGGAAAUUGGUGUGAAUACAGAGGAAAACCAUUCAAGUGUUUGUAUUGCUUGUAAAUGUGCCUUACAUGAGUUAACCCUUGCUGUUCUGCACUGAAACAUACCAGCUUUCUUAUAGAAUUACAUACCUCAAUAAGAACAUUCUAAACUUUUUAGACAAAGCUAGCUAACUGCAUAAUUUUAAUGAACUAUUUAACAAAAAAGUAUUAAGUACAGUUUACACAGAUAAAGUGGUGCAUGAUGGAGAAGGGAUGCAUUCCAUCGUUGGUGCUUAAUGCAGAAGUUACUUACUUUUGCCAAGAAGCAUUACAUCAGUUUGAGUUAGUUUAAAAUAAAUUUCAGGUACAUUUGAGCAAAUAAUUUCAGGUUGGUUUUGUUGUAGCCUUUUAUGUGUGCCUUGGCCAAUAACAAAAAAGUGUGUGUGUGGGGGGGAGUGAUGGUUACAAUACUAAUUGCAGCUCUUUAAAAAUAUUCAUAUUACUGAAUGAUGGCUCUAAGAGCAAAGUUGCCUCUCAGCAAGAUAUCCAGUAGUGACACAUUUUUUUUGCAUUACCCAUACUGCUGACAUCAUCUUGAGGCUCUGUACUGGGUUUCAAUCAAGUUAGUGAGAUAUAAUUAAAGCCAGCACUCAUGAGUGCAGACUUUGCAACUACUUGCUGCAGUCAGUGAGCCACACUGUUUGACCCUUCUCAGAAUCCAGUGAUAUAUUUUAGGAAUUCUGGAACUUUGCCUUUACACUGAAUGUAUUAUAUAUGGAUUUGUAAGUUAGGAAUUCACAUUCUUCUUGAAUUUGAAGUGCAGUUACAGCAUGUUUUACAUUUUUUUUUGGGGGGGGGGGUGUGGAGGUGCAAAGCUCCCUGCAUCACCAUGUUAAUGUAGUCAAUUCCAGAUGCACCUUGUAAAAUGGAAUUUCUGCCCCCUCAGUGAAUCCAAAUUUGAGUACUUUUUUCUCUCUUGUGGCAUCGGCGAAAACAUAUCCCCCUGUAGUGGAUUAUGCCAAGUUCUGGACUUCAGGUAGCAAAACUGUUUUGCCCUCCAAGUUAUUCUCUUUCUUUCUUGGAAGAUAGAAUUAAUGUCCUUAAUUGUAAUAUAUUACUAGUGUAAUAAAAUCAUUUCCCAUUAUUAUGUUGUGCAUCUGUUCUGUUUUUACAAAUUUGCAGAGAGGAAGUUUGACUUGGGAGCUCUUAAACUAAGUCAGAAUAAAAUCUGCUACACAGAUGACCCCGACUAUUAGUCAAACAGCCUUGUCACAUCAGAGGUCAGUCAGCUUGCAUGUAGGCUGUAUUUUCAGACAGUUUAAUGCAAGCAUGUUAACAAGGGAUACUAUGAUUUUUUAGGAAUUGUCAACAUCAUUAUUUAGUCAUAAAGCAGUGCAUAGCUCUGAGACUGCCAACCAGCUGCCCUAAUCAUUGGCAAGGUGGAUAUUUAUUUUAUGUUGUUUUUUUUUUUUUUUUUUAUGAACCCCUCUUAGGACCAGCAUCUCUGCCUUAUUCUCAAACAUCCUCUAUCCAGGUAACCACUGUGGCUAAAUGUAUUUAAGUAAUCUGAUCAGGUCAUACAUAUGAUUCAGGAAGUUGACAUUCUUAAGGAUGUCCAUCAGUUAAAUCCUGUGAUUAGACUACUUAAGCAUAUAAAGAGUUCAAGUUGGUUUUUUGUUUUUUUUUUCUCUCCUUUACAAGGAUCUGUAAGUGGCAUUUGAAGAAAUGCAGCUGAUAAAUAAACUUUUCAUUUGUUUGAAGUGACAAACUGUACUAGUUUUGUUAAUUAAAGUAUGAUCUUUAAUACCA